GGAUCACCCCUCUCGGACACAACAAAGUAAAACAAGCACUAUUAUCGUCAAACACAUCUACUUACAUUUCUCUCUCUUAAAAUUCUCGGAGCAUUGUCUGAGGCUGCUUUCAUCAAACAUGGCCAACGCCGACACCGAAAAACCCGCCACUCUCUCCGAGCAAUAUCAUCUUGAGAAAGAAGAAAAGCUGAAUGCCGCGGAAGAAGUUGCGGUAGCAGAUUCUGCUACCGAAGCUGUAAAAGAAGUUGUAGCUGCAGGGACUGAGGAAUCCCCAGCGGCACCUAAAAGUAGCGAACCUGAUAAUGCUGCUAGUGGGGGAGACAAUGAAUCCCCUGAUGCUACCUCUGGAGAAAGUAAUGAAGCUGGUGAUAGUGUCACUGUUGCUACUCCUGAAGAUAGCAGCGAAUCCCCUGAUGCUACUUCUGGAGAAAGUAAUGAAGCAGGUGAAAGUGUCACUGAUGCUACUACUGAAGAAAGCAGUGAAAGUACUGAACAAGAUAAUGCAGGCGACCAAGAAGUUGAAGAAACUCCAGGAAUUAAGCUUGAGACGGCACCAGCAGAUUUCCGUUUUCCUACUACAAACCAAAGCAGGCAUUGUUUUACUAGAUACAUUGAAUACCAUAGGUGUGUUGCUGCAAAAGGUGAAGGUGCUCCAGAGUGUGAUAAGUUCGCCAAGUACUAUCGUUCGCUUUGCCCAGGCGAAUGGGUAGACAGAUGGAACGAGCAAAGGGAGAAUGGCACCUUUCCAGGUCCCCUCUAGGCGAUUACUGCUGCUUAAAGAAAAGCCGAGUAUAAAUGCUAGAUGUCAUUAUGUGUACCUUCUGGAUCUGCUGAUGAGUUGAUCAGCACGAGUUAAUAAUGUUGCAUUUACUUCACGAUUGAAUACUUGUUGCUGCACGGCGGAAGUUUGUGCUAGUAAGCAGAAACAUAAAACUUCAUUUUUCGUUUAAGUAAAUGCUCGACUAUCUGUAACAGUAAAAGUUAGUCCAUGAACCAACAGGGUUCUUGGGCUUGUUAUAAUCUACGACACAAUUACAUGUUA